AUGUUCAGCGUGUCUUCCGCUUCGCUCGAACCUACCAGCUGGUCCCGACCUCGUGAUAUGAACGAGUUUCUCACUACCGCGGGGUUCCGCUUCUCGCAUCGGGUGCAGAGGAUGAUCCUCGCCUGGAUGGCAAAGGGCCUCCCGCAGAUGGAGGUGAUCUGUGUUGGGGAAUGGAUCGAGCAGCUAGACGAGCCAGGCGCUAGGUCCGCUGUGGCGACGCUGAAUACUGAAGCAAUGCAGGAGGAGGUCGGCGGGGAGGGCCUAGACGACGGCGCUACGCUGUUCGCCGUGUCUCUCCAGCGGUCCGUCAGCCACCGUCCGACCACUGUGUCUUCGCUCCAUGCAUCGUCGCUUUACGGUCAACUUCCUACGCAAAGUCGCGCGCGGGCUAGCGCGCCCGCUAUGCAGAGACCGAACGGAAAGGCGGCGCGUGUGCUGGAUAGCUACGGUGGACAACUCGCGCGCCCAGAAGAGGCCUGUCAUCGCGCGAGUUUUCCGCCGCAAGACGAAAGUGAGGUCGGCGACUACGAGAAGAGCCGGCGCUCGCAGUUGGCUAGCGCGGGGGUGACGUGGCUGGGCAUGCAACGGUAG